GACAACCUGGGGCAGACAUGGCCAAGGGAUGAUCCAUCGCCAUGCAGCGUGCCUGCUUCGAUUGCGCGGAGGAUUAUGUGGCAUGGAUGCAGGAGCCGACCCGGGUGGUGCACGUGGAAUGGCGCAAGGUGCGGCAUGAGAAGAGCCGGGGCUACACCUCGCACUCGUGGCUGGAGCUACGCCUGCUCGAUGGCACUCGCAUGAGGGUGGAGAUCUAUGCAGAUCAAGGCUACACCGAGCUGCUCUUCGACCCCCGGCGGCUUCGGGGCUCCGACUCGCGCUUCUUCGACUCCAACAGCACCAUCUACGACGGCAGAGUCGCCACGGCCAACGACUUGUCCAGGCCCCUGACAGCGGAGUCUCUGCGCCAGGAAGCCCAGGCGCUGGCGCAGAGGCAGUACUCCCUCAGCGAGUUCAACUGCCAUCACUUCGUGCUGGAGCUUUGGAACAGCCUGGUGGUGUCCUCCCUGAGGUCCCAGCACUACCCGGAUCGCGCCAAGGUGGGUUUGCUCUGGGGCGUCGAGGAGAUGGUGGGCACCUGGCUCCAAGGCAUCGCGUCAGUGAAGUCCGUGGGCGCCGCCGCCUAUGCCAACGAAGGCGCCGGAGCCGGCGGAGGUGGAGGUGGGGAGGUCUUCGUGUUGGAGACCACCGGCCCCUUGCGACAAGCAGAUCUUCCUGGCCGAGAUUUCUUCGGCAAGAACACUUUGGAUUGCGCCUGGGCGGGCAAGUGGCUGCCUGGUGUGGAGGAGCACUGUGCCUUACGACUCGUGGAGCGCAUCCGCAACUUCAACCUGGCCAAGGUGGCCGAGCGGCUGGACCUGUCUCUGCCCAAGGCCUCGUGGACCUUGGGCUCGGUGAGCGUGACCAGCACCAGCCUCGCCGCACAGGAGGAGCGGUGCUUCCUGGCGCUGCGGGGCAAAGAGCUCCGCCUGGCGGUUUCGGUGGCCCUGGGCUCCCAGCGCCUGCUGCUCCUCAGCGAGAACCUUCUGCAGGAGGAGGAGAGCGGCAGCUGGCACGCGCGGCUGCGAGCUUCCAGCAAAGGUGCUCACGAGCUGGCAGAAGAGCUGCAGGAGGAUUUGCAGGUGGCGCUGCGGCGUAGCGAGUGGCGGCCCGCGCUCAACGCCUGGAAUCGCUAAGUGCAAAGGUUUGACCUGACCCCGGCAUCAACCCCCAUCCCCGA